AUGGGAGGUCAGGUGCGAGAGCGGAGUGGCCGGCGAGCGGCGGCAGCGGCAGAGCUGGUGCGGGGCGGGCGGGUGGCGAGCCAAGCUGGCUCCACCAUGGACUGUAGCUGCGUCUCCGACCUUCUCUUCGCCCCGCCCGCCCUGCCGGCUCUCUGGACCCCCGGGCUGCGGGAAACCGGCCCCUCCCACGCUCCACCCCAGGAUGCCAAGGUAGCGCAUGAGGCUGCAGGGUUUGCCUUCCCGGAUUGGGCCUACAAGCCGGAGUCGUCCCCUGGCUCGAGGCAGAUCCAGCUGUGGCACUUUAUCCUGGAGCUGCUGCAGAAGGAGGAGUACCAGGGGGUCAUCGCCUGGCAGGGGGACUACGGGGAAUUCGUCAUCAAGGACCCCGAUGAAGUGGCUCGGCUCUGGGGCAUCCGCAAGUGCAAGCCCCACAUGAAUUAUGACAAGCUGAGCCGGGCCCUGCGCUACUACUACAACAAGCGGAUUCUCCAUAAGACCAAAGGGAAGAGGUUCACCUACAAGUUCAACUUCAGCAAAGUCGUGCUUGUCAAUUACCCGCUGUUGGAUGUGGCAGCCGCCACCACAGGCUCCCCACUCUUGCUGACCCCUGGUCCCUUUGGGGGGACCUCUGGGCCAGAUGCUCCUCCCCUUACCCCCGAGACCCUGCAGACCCUGUUCUCAGCCCCUCGCCUGGGAGAGCCAGGGGCCCGGGCGCCCCUGUUCACCCCUGAGACAGACAAGCUGCGUCUGGACAGCCCUUUCCCGUUCCUGGGCUCCGGUGCCACUGGCUAUUCCAAGCCCCCUGGCCUGCUGGGUCCUUACGGCCGCGCCUUCCCAGACUACCCCUGGAACUUUAACCCGUACCUCGCCGGCCCCUUCCCCAAGCUGCCCCCCUCUCUGUACCCCCCACACUUCUACCCCAACCCUCUGGCCAGUUCCCUGGGCCACCUGCCCUCAGCAGGGGCCGGGGGAGGCCCUACAGCUUCGCCCCUACUGGCUGCGGCGGGGGAGGGCCUGGGCCCCGAGCGCCCCUCGGGCCUGGCAGCAGCCCCUCGCCUGGCACUGCCGGGAGCCGGGGGUCCAGAGGCUGCGCUGGGCGGGAAGGACGACAGCGACUCGGAGCUGGAGAUCACAGACGUCAGCGGCUGCAGCUCUGACAGCGAGGGGGACGAGGGCCUCCCUGUGCCCCCCAAGGCCAAGGCGAGCAAAGGGGGGAUCGGCAGCUGA